CUCAGGCAUCAGCACUUUGCCUUGCCCCCCCAGCUCAGGCCAGCUCGUAGGGGGAUAGGUUUCCACUGCAUUGCACAACCACCACGCAACCUGGGGAGUUGUCAAUCCCCCUCACCAUCCCUCACGAGGCAGUCUGGAGUGAGGGAGAGACUAGAAAGAGAGACCCAGUGAAGAACCAGGAAUCUGGGAAAGUCUAGACCACAUUCCUCUGGACCGGGCCUGACAAGACACAUCAAAAUGUCUGGACAAAUCCCAGCUCUCCCAGAAUCCUUUGCUCCAGGAAUAGACGGCGUGUUCUCAGACCGCAUUGGCUUCUACUCUCUGGACUCCAACGUCCCUGGCCUGUCCAAGGUCAUUCUCAACAAACUCAACAUGAAGGAUUAUGGGGAAUACAGGGCAGCUAUUGAAGGAAAGACUAAGGGAGGGGCGUUCCGUAACUACAAGGAGAUGUUCCAGAAAAUGGAGGAGACGUUUAAAUUCUGUGCCAGCUGCAACAAGCUUCCAGAGCACCUGUCAGAGGGCCAGACGCUCAAGCGUUGUGUGAAGUGUCUGAAUGUAUACUACUGCACAAAGGAGUGUCAGAAGAAGGACUGGCCCCAGCAUAAGAUGUUCUGUAAGAUGCUGCGUCUAGUGGCAGUUGAUCGGCUGGUGGAGUGGCUUAUGUUCACAGGAGAUCUCCCAUUCACCACAGAGAAGUGGUCCCUGCCAGCAGCAGAGGUGAAUGGCUGGGACAACUGGCUUGCCAUGCAAGGCGACCUAACCCCCCGUUUAGACGCCAUCUUGUCUAGCACAAAUAUGGGAGCGCUUUGGAAAAAUGUCUCUAGGCCACAACCAGAAGAUGCUGACCUGAGAGAGUCUGUAUGGCGAGUUGAGAGCGAGUUCCUGUCUCGGGCCCUUUCUGUUGGCAUGGCGAUAAGACUCUUUGGCCUAGAUCCUUACUUCAAACCACUCACCAUCCAUCUAGCAGGGGCCGGCCUAAAUGAGACGAUGGGAGCCCGAUUGACAGACUUUGAUGAACUGGACAAAAUGUUUCCUGGACACAAGGGUCUGGAGGUGGUCAUGGUGGGGCCAGAGGUGGUGGACGGGCCAAUCAUGCGGCCCCCUCUGACGAAUUUUGGCCCCAAGACGAAGACCUUCAUCAGUGCCUACAAGGGCCUCUACCACCAGUUCUAUGAGGAUAUGGUGGAGACCGAGAAAGCAGCUAAGCCAGAUCUGGUGGUUGGAUUCCAUCCAGGGUUUCAUGCCACACAGGGUCUGGGAGAAGGCUGGCUGCCCAGCCUCCUCCUCCUCAGAGACUUCAACAUCCCCUCAUUCUUCACCAUGUUCAAUGAGAUGGAACUGAACUAUUCCCUGCAAAUUCUGUCGGAGUUGGAAAUGCAUAUCAAGGGCAGUGGCCCCAACCCCUUUUCAUCCCAGAAGCCAGAGCAGGUCCAGGCCUGUCCCAACAAACCACCUUCAUACUGCAACUCCCACUUCCUCUAUUUUCAGGGCCUACUGGAGCAAGAAGAGCUUGAGCAUCCGGACAAUUCUAGAACUUAUUGGAAGGUUUAAAAAGUAUAAAAUGAAUAGCCUCUAGUCUAGGGUUUGCCACAUUAGCAUUCUAUAUUGUUCAAAUGGAUGCUUUUAGUGUUGCUUAUAUGCAUAAGCAUAAUGCAUUAUGGUGUUUCUCUCCUUUGUAUUUCUUGUGUAUGAUGAAGCUAUAUACAUUUAUGCUGCCUGUGAAUCAUUCACUUAGUUUGCUUAAGCCUACAUGUUAUGUGUGCACACAAUUGCAUGCAGGCCGACCAGCUGAAUAGUGAAACU